AUGGCUCCCCUACUCUACUGUGUUCCUAUGGAAGCUGUAACAAAAUACCAACAAAGCCUGAAACAAGACCCCCACCCCUCCUCCACCACCACCUGGACCUUCCAAGACAUCGGCAACGCCCCAUCCUCCGUCCUCCUCGCCGUCAUCGUCCUCCCUCUCUUCAUCAUAGCAGUCCCCACCAUGGUUCUGACCUUCGUCUCCCGCAAACGGCGCUAUCUGAGACUUUUCCUCACGACGUUGAGCUACCUGGUAACGGUAGCAGCAAGCUCGUUACUGCAGUGGGUUACGAUUUCCAUGUGGGAGAGUCAGAAACAGGAGAGUCUGAGUGCGCGGCCGGUGGGGUUCUUGGUGUUGGAUUUCGUGGCGACGGGGUUUCCGAUAUUGGUGGGGAGUUUUGCUUGGGUCAUGAGUUGGGCGGUUAGUGGCGGGUUUAGGGGGUGUAAUUCUUGGUUGGCGAAUCUGGAGGAGUAA